CGGCGGCGCAGAGCGGGCGCGCAGGGGGCAGCAGCGCGGCCAUGACGGCGGACCAGGCGCUGCCGCUGGGCAACGGGCAGGCGGCCGAGGAGGCGCGCGAGGCCGGGGCGCCGGGGGGCUGCGCGGUGGCGGCGGCGGCGGCGGCGCGGGCCCCGCGCGACAAGGCGGUGCACGAGCGCGGCCACUGGAACAACAAGGUGGAGUUCGUGCUGAGCGUGGCGGGCGAGAUCAUCGGGCUGGGCAACGUGUGGCGCUUCCCCUACCUGUGCUACAAGAACGGAGGAGGGGCCUUCCUGAUCCCCUACGUGGUGUUUUUCAUCUGCUGCGGGAUCCCCGUGUUCUUCCUGGAAACGGCCCUGGGCCAGUUCACCAGCGAGGGCGGCAUCACCUGCUGGAGGAAGGUCUGCCCUUUAUUUGAAGGGAUCGGCUACGCCACGCAGGUGAUCGAGGCGCACCUCAACGUCUACUACAUCAUCAUCCUGGCCUGGGCCAUCUUCUACUUGAGUAACUGCUUCACCACCGAGCUGCCCUGGGCCACGUGCGGCCACGAGUGGAACACGGAGCGCUGUGUGGAGUUCCAGAAGCUGAACGCCAGCAACCACAGCCACGUGGCCCUGCAGAACGCCACCUCCCCCGUCAUGGAGUUUUGGGAGCGCCGCGUGCUGGCCAUCUCAGAUGGGAUCGAGCACAUCGGGGAGCUCCGCGGGGAGCUGGCCCUGUGUCUCCUGGCGGCCUGGACCGUCUGCUACUUCUGCAUCUGGAAGGGGACCAAGUCCACGGGCAAGGUCGUGUACGUCACCGCCACGUUCCCCUACAUCAUGCUGCUGGUCCUCCUGAUCCGAGGGGUGACGCUGCCCGGUGCCUCGGAAGGCAUCAAGUUCUACCUGUACCCCGACCUCUCCCGGCUGUCCGACCCGCAGGUGUGGGUGGACGCCGGCACGCAGAUCUUCUUCUCCUACGCCAUCUGCCUGGGCUGUCUGACGGCGCUGGGGAGUUACAACAACUACAACAACAACUGCUACAGGGACUGCAUCAUGCUCUGCUGUCUGAACAGCGGCACCAGCUUCGUGGCCGGCUUCGCCAUCUUCUCGGUCCUGGGCUUCAUGGCGUACGAGCAGGGGGUGCCCAUCGCGGAGGUGGCCGAGUCGGGCCCCGGCCUGGCCUUCAUCGCCUACCCCAAGGCCGUGACCAUGAUGCCGCUGUCCCCGCUGUGGGCGACCCUCUUCUUCAUGAUGCUCAUCUUCCUGGGCCUGGACAGCCAGUUCGUGUGUGUGGAGAGCCUGGUGACGGCCGUGGUGGACAUGUACCCCGAGGUUUUCCGCAGGGGCUACCGGCGGGAGCUGCUCAUCCUGGCCCUGUCCGUGGUGUCCUACUUCCUGGGCCUCGUCAUGCUGACGGAGGGCGGCAUGUACAUCUUCCAGCUCUUUGACUCGUACGCGGCCAGCGGAAUGUGCCUCCUAUUCGUGGCCAUCUUCGAGUGCGUCUGCAUCGGCUGGGUGUACGGCAGCAACCGCUUCUACGAUAACAUCGAAGACAUGAUUGGCUACCGGCCGCUGUCUCUCAUCAAGUGGUGCUGGAAGGUGGUGACCCCCGGGAUCUGUGCGGGCAUCUUCAUCUUCUUCCUGGUCAAGUACAAACCGCUCAAGUACAACAACGUCUACACGUACCCGGCCUGGGGCUACGGCAUCGGCUGGCUCAUGGCCCUGUCGUCCAUGCUCUGCAUCCCGCUCUGGGUCUGCCUCAAGCUGUGGAAGACGGAAGGCACCCUGGCGGAGAAAUUCCAGAAGCUUACGGUCCCCAGCGCCGACCUGAAAAUGCGCGGCAGACUCGGGGCCGGCCCGCGGACGGUGACGGUGAACGACUGUGAAGCCAAACUCAAGGGCGACGGGGCGAUCGCGGCCAUCACAGAGAAGGAGACGCGCUUCUGAGCCGCCCCCCCAGGCCCGGCCCGCACCCCGUGCCCCUAACCGUAGCCCCGCACCCCGCAGGAGCAUUAACCAGCUAACUCCGGCGUCACCAGUCAGUGCUCACCGAGUCCCAGAGCCUCCGGCAGCGGGAGAACAGCCGAGCCAGGCUGAACCUGCGCCUCCAGGCCCCGGACACCCGGGUCUCAGCGGGACUGUC